AUGAAUUUGGGAUUACAACUGGAUUCUGAUCAUAUCCGGUGCAGUAUGUUAACGAUUACAAACACCUUUCUAGAGGAGAUUCGAGAUGGGCAGGUGCAUGAUGCCGAGUUACAACAGAUUGUUGCAUGGUUGGGUACAGAGAAAGGGAAGGAAUUCAAAAUGGGGGCUGAUAGCAUCUUACGAUUCCGUGAUCGGGUUUGUGUGCCUGGGAAUUGGAGAAUGAGGAGGAGGGUUCUGGAUGAGGGGCAUAAGAGCCGCCUCAGUAUCCAUCCGGGUAUGACGAAAAUGUAUAAGGAUCUCAAGGAGUCGUUCUGGUGGCCUAGGAUGAAAAUUGAUGUGGCGGACUUUGUGGCAGCCUGUUUAGUGUGUUAG